AUGUUUGAAUAGGAGUAUUAUAAGAGAAUUAUUGACAGACAAACUACUCCCAAUAGGUAAAUAAUAAAUACUGCCAAGCCUUGGUUUCCGCAAUUGAAACACAGAUUGGCUCUAAAAGGUAAUGUGAAUAGAAAAAUAUAGAUUACGAUUACAAAUUUUUUGUGUUGCCUCCAAAUAAAAUGGUGUCUCUAUUAAAGAAAUAGAAGAUUAAUGUACCAUCAGAUGAAUAGAUUAGAGAAUUUCUGAGAAAUCACUCACUUAAACACAUAGUUCAAUAUGAUGCUGGAGAUUUUAGGAAUGUUGAGAAGAUUUGUGCAUCAAAUAGUCCUUCUCCAUUGAUGGUUAAUAAGAAGAAUAGAAAACUAUUUAUGUAACAAAAUCCAAAUACAAACUACAAAUUGAUUGAAUCAAAACCAUUUACAGCACAGAAGUUAUUUGAUAGACAAUCCUCAGUGCAACAUUGUAGAAUGAGAGAACUGAAAUCAUAGCAAAUAGAAAUUAGACCAAAUAGAGAAAACAUGGAAAUGGAAGUGAAAGGAGCAAAAAGGAAAUUGAAGAUUCAUGAAAUCUCUGGUAAGUCUACUCCAUAGAUAGAUGCAUCUAAUUUAAAAUUCUUUGCCUAAAGCAAUAAGAAAAGGAAUCGAAGAAGAAUAGAACUAUUGAGUCGUUCUUUGAAGAAGAUCAAUCUACUAGGCUUAUCAAUCCUUUAGGUGAUACAGAAGAAUGUAUUUAGUAAAAAAGCCUUUUCAUGUCAAUUUUCUAAGGAAUUUAUAUUUGCAUCGAAAUAGAAUAGACUUGAACAGGUGUAGAGUUUUCUAAUAACGCAUCCUUAUUUGGUGUUUUAAUAUGAUUAUUAUAACAUGACUGCUCUGCAUUGGGCAUGUAAACAUGGAUAUUUAGAAAUGGUAAGGAUGUUAUUGCAUUACCAUGCAGAUUUUGAUGCAAUAGAUUUGAUGAACAGAUCUCCAUUGAGUAUAGCAAUAGCAGAAAAUCAUUAAGAGAUAGUUAGAUUGUUGCUUACUCAUGGUGCCUAUCCUUGGAGUACCAGUUUAACAGAUUUGAAUGGGCCUUUGCAACUCAAUCCAGAGAUGAAGACAAUAGUUGGAUAAGCACGAAAAAUAUAACUCUUUACUAAAUGGAGCAGACUUAAAUAGCCUACUUUGUGUAUUUAUUGA